GGAAGAGACUUCCACCUUAGAAUAUUGUUGCCUGAAGAUUUACAACUGAAGAAUGCAAGAUUACUGUGCAGUUGGCAGCUGAGAACAAUACUUAGUGGAUACCAUCAAAUAGUCCAACAGAGAAUGCAGCACUCUCCUGAUCUAGUGAGCUUUAUGAUGGAGUUGAAGAUGGUUUUGGAAGUAGCUUUAAAGAAUAGACAAGAGCUACAUGUACUGCCUCCUCCUCCCCAGUUCUACUCAAGCCUUCUUGAAGAAAUAGGAACUCUUGGUUGGGAUAAACUUGUAUAUGUGGAUACUUGCUUCAGUACCAUCAAGUUAAAAGCAGAAGAUGCUUCUGGUAGAGAGCAUCUAAUCACUCUCAAGUUGAAAGCGAAGUACCCUGCAGAAUCACCAGAUUGUUUUGUGGAUUUUCCUGUUCCAUUUUCUGUUUCCUGGACACCACAGAGCUCCUUAAUAAGCAUUCAUAGUCAGUUUUUGGCAGCAUUAGAAUCACUGAAGACAUUCUGGGAUGUUAUGGAUGAAAUCGAUGAGAAGACCUGGGUACUUGAGCCAGAAAAUCCUCCACGGAGUGCAACAGCACGCAGAAUUGCAUUAGGGAUUAAUGUUUCCAUAAAUAUAGAGGUAGACCCCAGGCAUCCUACUAUGCUUCCUGAGUGCUGCUUUCUUGGAGCUGAUCAUGUGAUAAAACCGCUGGGAAUUAAGCUGAGCCGAAACAUACAUUUGUGGGAUUCAGAAAAUAGUCUGUUACAAAAUUUGAAAGAUGUUUUAGAAAUUGAUUUUCCUCCUCGUGCUAUCCUGGAAAAAUCUGAUUUUGCUGUGGAUUGUGGAAUUUGCUAUGCUUAUCAACUUGAUGGUGCCAUUCCUGAUCAAGUGUGUAAUAAUUCCCAGUGUGGACAACCUUUCCAUCAAGUAUGCUUAUAUGAGUGGUUGAGAGGACUACUGACUAGUCGACAAAGUUUUAACAUCAUCUAUGGUGAAUGUCCAUAUUGCAGUAAGCCAAUUACCUUGAAAAUGUCUGGGAGGAAACCCUGAAAUAAGAAUGUAACGUUUCUGUGAAGAACUGGAAACCUUAAAAAUUAUCAAAAGGAUUUUAUUUGAUAUCUUCAGAGAAAAUAUAAUGCAAGACAUACUAACGUCAAAAGGACAAUUAUUAUGAAGCCAUAAGAAUAUAUAUCUGCCUCUGUUUCUUCACUAAGGGUAAACUGAGAAAUUGCAGGCCAAAGUCCUGUAGAACUUUGUAAAUCUGUGGUCCCCAUAUUAACUGUGGAAGUGUAUUUAUACCACGAUGGAGAUCUUGACUUGUUGAAUAUAUCUGAACUGGUGAAAUCUUGAUGGGGUUCAUAAAAUGAAUCUGGGAAUUGUGUAUAGUUGGAUUUUUGGGGGAAACUAUUUGCUUCCUUCAGAAGUUCUUGAAACUCUUGAUAUUUGUGCCUUCUCCUUGUGCUUUCCUAUGGAAAAAAAUACAUAAUUUGUUAGAUUUGAGUUAUCGAAGUAUUUAUUUUGUAUACUCCAUAAGAAUGCUAAAUAAAAUUUGCUAUGCAACUAGA